UUUCCGUAGCAACAGGCCUAGCGCCUCAGGCGGGUGCGGGCUGAGCCCGAGGGACGGCGCCGAACGUCGGGCGAAAUGUCUGGUCAGCAGGGACCGGAGAAAGUGCAAACGGGCAGUGGGUUCUGGAACUGCGCCAAAGCCUCUUACAGCAAGGAGACCGUGGACGCGCUGAGGGUGAUGAUGCAGGAAUCCAAACUCAAUCUGUUCCAACAGAGGCAGCUAAACAGAAGGCUCCAGGAGGGUGAUUCCUUACCAGUGAAUUGUAAUCCCACAUCCAGCCGGGUGCCAGAGACCACUCCACUGCCACCAGCUCCAUCUCUCCGAGCCAACCCCUUCUCCAAACCACAACUACGUCCUGCAGAAAGUUGUCGAGCCGGUGACGCAUACCAACGGGAAAAAUUUAGGCCUCGACCAACAAGAGACUUGGAGAAAGAAAAGCAGCGCCUGCAGAAUAUCAUGGCAACUGGGAAGGAUGGUCCAAUACCAGACAAGAAACGAAGACCAAAGGAGGAGGAAGAAGAGGAGCCAGAAAUUGACCGGUUCGAGGAGCUAUGUAAUGAGAUUGAAGAGAGAAGGCAGUUCCUGGAGCAAAUGGAAUCCUUUGGCCGAGGGAAGGAAUUCCGUGGGAUCAUUCACGCAGAAGUUUCCCAGAAAAUCCAGGAGAUGAAGGAGAUCGACAAGAAGAGGAGCAGUGAAUUGAGGCAACAAAUAGAGAUGGAUAAGAGGAAGGGGGAAUCUGCUUGAUCAUAGUUUUAUACUAGAUAUCAAAUUAAAGUCUAAAGAAUUAAAAAGUACCCGAAAGACUUGUUUCAUAAAAACAUUUUCAGCUCCACCUUCCUCAGGCAGAUUCUGAUCCCAUGGCAGGAAGUGCCCUCUCUGUAUGAAUGAGAGAUUAGUGCUUGUUCUUUUUCCACCUGAUAUAAUUUGUAAAAUAAGGAACACAAAGUUAAAAAGCAAUGAACAUCGGGAAGUUUUCUGUGGUCUCUUUUAUUCCAGCUGAUACAACAAAGAGCUGCUGCCCCCCUCCCUCAUCAGUCACCAGGCCAUAGACACCCUCCCCGAACCACUCCUGCAUCGUGACGUGAGUAGAAGAGCAGAUCACCUGUCACUCCACUACGCUGACUUGCACCAGAUCCUUGCAACUCUCAUAGACCAGUUUUAUAGGCUGCCUCACUCCAGCUCUCACUCUGGGCUCUCUCUUAUGCAUUGCAACAAUUUCUGUAAGUUUAAAAGCUAUUUCUAAACUCUAACCCUCUUACAGUGAGGACCAGUGUUUCAUUUAUCUUUAUAACUACUUUCUGGACCUACUGGUUAACCAAAGAUCCCCCAGUACUGCAUUCAUUUCCAUUCUCUCUCCAUUUACAAU